GGUCACGAGGGAGCCACGGCAGAGAACGGCCCAUGGGCGUUCACCCUCGACAUGCCCUCCUACCUGCCGCUCAUGCAGCACUGUCGCAACCGGAGCUUGAGGGAAGAAGUGUAUCGCGCCUUUGUAACCCGCGCUUCCGAGGGCGACAUUGAUAACACCCCGGUGAUCACACGCAUUCUGCAGCUCAAGCAGGAGAAGGCCAAGCUGCUGGGCUUUAAGUCACACGCCGAGGUGCCAAUGCAGUGGCGCAUGGCGACCAUUGAGAGCGCGCACAAGCUGGUGGAGGAUCUCAGGGACGCUGCCUUUGACAUCUCCGUCAAAGAGCACGAGGAGCUCAAGGCGUUCGCCAAGGAGCAGGGCGCAGAGGAGGCGGACGACCUGCGGCAGUGGGACGUGACGUUCUGGGGCGAGCGGCUGAGGGAGGCGCGGUACGAGCUGACGCAGGAGGAGCUGCGCCCUUACUUCUCCUUCCCCGUUGUCAUUGACGGGCUCUUCAAGCUCGCCUCACGCCUCUUUGAUGUCUCCUUCCAGCCUGCUGACGGGGAGGCACCGACGUGGAACCCAGACGUGCGGUACUACAAGGUGACUGACUCCUCUGGCAACACCGUGGCGUCCUUCCUCCUGGACCCCUACUCGCGCCCGGCGGAGAAGCGCAGCGGUGCCUGGAUGGAUGGCAUCUGCAACCGCAGCGGCCUCUUUGCCGCCCCUGGCGCUGCCGCCCGCCUGCCUGUCACGCACAUUGUGUGCAACCAGACGCCCCCCUUGGGCGAUAAGCCCAGCCUCAUGACCUUCAAUGAGGUGGAGACGUUGUUUCAUGAGUUCGGGCACGCGUUGCAGCACAUGUUGACGAGACAGCAGGAGGGGCUGGUGGCGGGGAUCAGCAACGUGGAGUGGGAUGCCGUGGAGCUGCCCUCUCAGUUCAUGGAGAACUGGUGCUACCACAGGUGCGUGUGUGCUGCUACCACAGUAUCCGCCCCUCUGCUGGUCUGCCAUCUGCUCAUCUCCUCGCAUCCUGCCAUCCUGCUUCAAGUGAAGUGUACUCAUUAUAGAAACCCCCCUUACAACCCCUCUCCCUCUGCGCCCACAAGAGCCACGCUUCUAGGCAUAGCGCGGCACUAUGAGACGGGCGAGGUGCUGCCAGAGGAGCUAGCCACGCUGCUGGGCAUCGCAAAGCACUAUGAGACAGGCGAGGUGCUGCCAGAGGAGCUGUACAACAAGAUCGUGGCGGCUAAGAACUUCCGCUCCGCCACCAUGACCAUGCGACAGCUGCACUUCGCAGCGGUGGACCUGGAGCUGCACUGCUCGUUUGACCCCGAGGGCAACGAGUCCAUCUACGAUGUGAACAGCCGCGUGGCCGAGCGCAUGCUCGUGCUGCCCCCCCUGCCCUCCGACCGCUUCCUCUGCUCCUUCCUCCACAUCUUCGCCGGUGGCUACGACGUCGGCUACUACAGCUACAAGUGGGCGGAGGUGCUGUCAGCUGAUGCCUUUGCAGCGUUUGAGGAGGCGGGCCUGGAUGAUGAUGAGGCGGUGAAGGCAACAGGGCACAAGUUCAGAGACACAGUGCUGGCUCUUGGGGGAGGUGCUGCUGCCAAGGAUUUGCUCAAGAGCUUUCUCCUCUGGCUCAAGAACGACGUGGGCGUGUGGGGUCCCGUCAUCAUGGCCCUCGCUUAUAUACCACUCAAUAUCCUCGCACUUCCAGGCGCUAUCCUCACUCUGGGCGGGGGCUACGUGUUCGGGCUGCUGGUGGGCUUCGUGGCGGACUCGCUCGGCUCCACAGCCGGCGCCACCGCCGCCUUCCUCGUCGGCAAAACCAUAGGGCGGUCAUACGUGUCAGCAAAGCUCAAGGAGUACCCACAGUUCCAGCCAGUCGCGCACGCCAUCUCCAAAUCCGGAUUCAAGAUAGUGCUGCUGCUGCGGCUGGUGCCCAUCCUGCCAUUCAACGUGAUGAACUACGUGCUCUCCGUCACGCCCAUCAGCCUCUCCUCCUACGUCCUCGCCUCCUGGAUCGGCAUGAUGCCCAUCACAUUCACCUUCGUAUAUCUGGGCACGACCAUAAAGGACAUUUCGGAGAUCGGAUCCCCGGGAGCUGCUGGGGCCUCGCAAUGGGUCAGUUCGCUUAUGGCUGUAGCGGUGCUUGUAGGAGGGAUGGUGCUUAUGGGGGGGCAGUGCUUUUGGGGGUUUGGUGCUUAUGAGGGGGUGGUGCUUAUGGGGGGGCGGUGCUUUUGGGGGGGUGGUGCUUAUGAGGGGGUGGUGCUUAUGAGGUAG